AUGCCAGAAACUUCUUUUUUGGAUUCCGACUGGACACUGUCGCUUCCGCAUGCCGGAUCCUAUUUGAACUUAGACGACAUUUUGGCUACAAGCGAGCGUACUUCAUGUCGCCUGCGGGUUGCUCUUCCCGGCAUAGCGCCAUUGCUAUUAUCUGAUUCGAAUUUAACUAACAGUAGCAGUCAGAACACUACUAUCAUUGGUGCUACUGGUGAAGAUACCGAGGAAUUGGAGAGCGAAGAAAAUCUAGUGUCGCUGGAUAUUCCGGCCGGAACAAGAUUGGAACUACCUAUUUGGUUGGCGUUAGCUCUUGGAAGUGGGCGUCGCCAGGUCCUCAAUGUGGAGCUUCCUUUCAUUUAUCGAGACGCAUUUGGGGAAGUGUUUGAUGCAGACCCAAGCGUUGUGGAUCUACGACGAAAAGCUCCUUUGUUUUAUUUACUUUGGUUCAGUCUUUUGAAUUUGGGACCAUCCAAGGUUGGACAAGCGGCGGCUACAGUGGCUCGGGUGUUUCAAACGCGCUUGAAAUCUGUAAUGGAUGCGGCACUGAAUGCUACUCGGCACGAUGCUCUUUCCUCUACUUCGCGGUAA